AUGGGCUGCCUGUUUGAAGAUGACCUUUGCAAACCUUUUGAGAUCUGCAUAAAUGAUGGAGUGUUUGGGAGAUGUCAACGGGUGCCGGUGAUAGACGUAUAUAAAUAUGAAGUUUCACCCCCCAUUCUUCAGCGUCUACGGAUCAUCUUAGAGAAGCUCUCACAACGAGGUUUUACCUGGCAAGAUGAUUACACGCAGCAUGUUAUUGCCCAGGAACUCUCAAGCAUUCAUAAAAUCCACAACUGGCAUCCUGAUGUCUUCUCAUCCGAGGGGUCCGACAUACCAAGGCUUUCAAAGCAGAUUGCUGAUAAUGAAAGGAAUUAUGAGCUGGGAAAGGAUGUGAACUUGGCCAAGUCUCUUCAGCAAUAUCUUACAUACCUAGGUAUUCUCACCCAGUCUACCGCUCCAAAUUUAUCCCCGAAGAUGAAGAAUGACAAGGCUUCUGUUAAGAAUACCAUCCAGCCUGAUCGUGUUACGUACUACAUGGUGCAAAAAACAAAAGAAAAAGCACCUUUUUUAACCCAUGCAGCAACACCUCAUCAAACAUAUGCUGAAAAUCCCCCAGGGAGGGCCUUCAGCCAGCCUCAGCCAGACCUGUUCCCACCAGAGUCGGAAGCAGAGUUUGACAGAAAGACAGUGAUAGCAGCACUAGAUGAGUACAUCACCCAAAAGAUGGCAGCACAAAACAAUGAUCAAAGCACCGUUGGGAGGACUAAAGGGCCUAGCCUUUAUGCUGAUAGGUUCCAUCCCUCUCACAGCCAUGGUUUUGAUGGAACUUUAGCUACAGAAGAGGCAGAAGAUUUUAGCAUGAAGCAGCCGUUGCGACUGAGGCCAGGUGCUGGAGAGCAAGGGUCAAAUUCAGAGAGGCUGAGUUAUAAAUUUGCUUUUCCCCAGGGAAAUCCAAAGGAUCCUCUGAGUGCAGUGGAUGAAACUUUCAUCCAGGAUGUAUUGAAAGACCUGAAGAAACACAAGGUGAAUGUGGAUAAUCUUAGUCCAUUGGAGUUAGAUGAGAUAGCUGAUAUUAUUACUGAUGCCAUUCAAGUUGCUGAUGUGGAAAAAGAAAAGGAAAAUGGAGUUGGAAAGGUUGAAGGAGCAAGGACAGAAGCAAAAGUCAAGGAAGUGGAUGCCCAGGGAGGAACAAGAAAGGAUGCCAAUGUUAGCAUUCAAGAUAAUGAAGUACAUGAAGGUGAUUCCAGAACUAACAAAAAGGACAAUCGUGCAAAACUACUGGACUUCUUGAAUGAGAACACAUUAACUGAAAAUCUGCCUGAAGAAUCUUUUAAGAAAAAAACCAAAAAAUCUGAAGAUCCCGAUUCUUCCUCCUCUUCCUCAGAAGAAGUAAAAGCUGGGGUUGAAAAUGUGAAGAGUGAAACUUUCUCAAGAGAACUGACACCAGAGAAAAAAGCUGAAUCUGAACCUGACUCCAAAGAGCUGACUGAGAUCCACUACUGGAUUAAGAAUGCUUUGAUGCAAGAUAAAAGCUCCAGUGAAGAACCUCUGAAACAGAAAGGAGAGGGCCUACAGCUAGAAGUGAAGUCUUCUGAGGAGGAAGAAUAUGGCUAUAUAGUAACAGAGAAAGACCGUCUGAGUGUGGAAAAGGGUUUGGAGUUAAUAAAGGAUGUGGCAGACCUCCUGAAGCUGCAGAUGAGUGCCUUUGAUGAUAUCAAUGUGAUGAAAGGAGCAGUGACCUUCAGAGUGCACUCAAAUCUCCAAAACAUUUCCACUGCAGAUGUUACCAAAGCAGCAGCUGUCAACAAAGACAAGCUUGAAAAAGCAACUGGCCUGAAAAUCCUGCAGACUGGCAUGGGGGAGAAAAGCAAACUGAGGCAUCUCCCUCAGCAAGCCGAGGAAGAAGACUCCACCAAAUUUAUCGUCCUCACUCUCCUCUCCAUCACCUGCAUUAUUGGGGUCCUAGUUGCUUCUGGGGUCAUCUACUGCCUCCGCCACCAGUCUCAUCACAAACUGAAAGAGAAGCUCUCCACGUUGGGCACAGAUGCCAGCUCCGAUGCCACUGCUGCUUAUCAGGAGCUGUGCCGUCAGCGCAUGGCUGUAAAAUCAUCUGAUCGGCCAGAGCCGUUGCAUACAUCUCGCAUAAAUAGUGUCUCUUCGCAGUUCAGCGAUGGGCCUAUUCCCAGCCCAUCUGCUCGGAGCAGUACAUCAUCAUGGUGCGAAGAACCAGUUCAGUCUAACAUGGACAUUUCCACUGGUCACAUGAUUCUGUCCUAUAUGGAAGACCAUCUGAAGAAUAAGAAUCGUCUGGAAAAAGAGUGGGAAGCUCUUUGUGCUUAUCAAGCUGAACCCAAUGUUGCUACCAUUGCACAGAAGGAAGAGAACAUUCAAAAGAAUCGCUCAGAAACUGUUGUACCAUAUGAUCAUUCCAGGAUAUGCUUGAAAGCUGAAAAUAGUCACGACAACUCAGACUACAUCAAUGCCAGUCCAAUUAUGGACCAUGACCCCAGGAACCCAGCGUAUAUUGCUGCUCAGGGCCCUCUUCCUGCUACUGUUGCUGACUUCUGGCAGAUGGUCUGGGAGAACGGCUGUGUCGUUAUUGUCAUGCUGACACCCCUUACUGAAAAUGGAGUCAAGCAGUGCUACCACUAUUGGCCAGAUGAAGGGUCAAAUCUCUACCACAUAUAUGAGGUAAAUCUGGUCUCUGAGCACAUCUGGUGUGAGGAUUUCCUUGUGAGGAGCUUCUACCUGAAAAACCUCCAAACCAAUGAGACACGAACCGUGACGCAGUUCCAUUUCCUGAGCUGGAACGACCAGAAGGCGCCUGCUUCCACAAGAUCACUUCUAGAUUUUCGCAGAAAAGUAAACAAGUGCUACAGGGGUCGUUCUUGUCCUGUAAUUGUUCACUGCAGUGAUGGUGCAGGAAGAAGUGGAACCUACAUUCUAAUUGACAUGGUUCUCAAUAAAAUGGCCAAAGGUGCUAAAGAGAUUGAUAUUGCUGCUACCCUGGAACACUUGAGGGACCAGAGACCAGGCAUGGUCCAGACAAAGGAGCAGUUUGAGUUUGCAUUGACAGCGGUUGCAGAGGAAGUGAAUGCAAUACUCAAGGCACUUCCACAAUGAGCAAUUCAGUCUCCUUGAGGUUCCCUGAAGAUCCAUCCCUCAUUUCCUUAUCUUCAGUCCAUGUGAAUGUUGUUGGAAACCAUGACCUGACAUUAACUGUGUAUCUUCUAUUGUAACCACAUAGUAAUAGGGUCCUUACAAAUUUCUUUAGCCAGUAAAGGUUCAACAGUUAAAAUGUGUAUUCUGUAUUUUGGUUUUCUUAAACUAAAAAAAAAAAAAGAUACAUUGAAGCCUCGGAUUAAGUGACAGCAUUCUAUCAAAAUCGUUUCACAUCCUCGGAGCUCUGAAUUUCACACUUUGAAAGCACACGUUCAUGUUCUUACUAGCAAAUAUACAGUAUUGUGGGUAAUUAGUGCAGUCAAUAUAGUCUCAGAAAACAGUGUUCUGUUAUUUUUUGUAACUUCUCAAAGACUGAAUCAGAAGAGUAGGGGACCUGAAAAGGAUUGUGAUUAUUCACACACAGUGUCAAACAAGAGCAUGAAACAAUGCUGAGGGUGUUAGUAAGCACAAGUCCAGCCUCCUGUAUAAAGAGCUGGCACCUCUUCAGGUUGGGCUUUGGCAAGCAAAUGUUUUCUUAACUGUUGUUUACUUUUCAGUUUUGCAAUGACUGGAAGAAAAUCUUAGCACUAAGUAAAUAGGCCUGCACAGUUAGUGCAUCCGAGGAGAACAAGUUGGUCACAUUAAUGGGAACCCAAGUUAUAAAGAGCAAAGCAAUUCUUAUUGUGCGCCAUUGACCUAACCAAAAAUGAGAGGAAAAGGCCUAAGCUCAAGAACUGACUUAUAGGCCCCUGUUAGCAGCCCGGUGAAUGCUCCGAAUUUUUAGGGAAACAGUUAGUUGAUUUUACAGGAUUACUGGGGAGGAAAUUUAAGCUCUUUUCUUUGUAUUUUUGCAUUAUUUUUUCCUUCUAAACCAGUGCUAUGCCAGUCUGUUUAGGCCGGAAGAGAUAUUUCUGUAAGUGCCUCCAAGGCAUUCAUGGCUGAAGCAACAGUUUUCAAUCUACGCUGUAUGAUUCACGUUGAGUUUGUCUCUAUCCAGACAUUGGUUCCAUUUUUUUGCAGUAUGUCUGUAAGUGGUUUUGUAUGUAACGUCUGCUUACGCGCAUCCAUAUUUUUGGUUGAUUCAGUCUUUUAACGGGAAUGAAAACUGCUGAUAGAAAACACUUUGCUUUAUUUGAAUGAAAGAAUUAUGGGUAAAAUUUUCAUAUGGGCUCCUAUUUCCAAGAGGUUUAGGUUUUUAACAGUCGAAUUCCCUUUUGAAAAUAGUACUGAGGUGCUUUUGAAAAUUUUACCCCUAUGUCUAUAGUUUAAGUUUAUAUUUUUUCUAAAAUUACCUGAAAAUGUCGUAUGCUUAUAGUUUGUGCCAGGUUAAAAGUUUGAUUUCAUAAUUGCAAAACAUAUCAGUGGUUUUAAUUUUAGGGUCUUUUAUAGAUUUCUAUUCAAGGCAGAGUUAAAAAUAACAUUGCAGAGUUUUGUUAGAACAGGUAAAGUCACCUAUUGGAAUCAAUUACCGUGUCUCAAUUUUGUGUUGUAGGCAUUGAUAUUUGGUGAUUUCUUCUUAGCAAUUAAAGAGUUAUUUCAAAAAGCACCAGACGUGUUACUUCUUACAUAUAUUUUUGUAUGCUCUUCUUGGUACAUGUUCUUGCUUAAUUUGUAUACCCCAUUACCACGGCAGUGCAAAGCAGUUACUGCAGAUGCCAUCAUCCUCUUAAGUACACAUACUGUACAUUAAGCCACAUGUUUAUUUUAUAGCAUAAACAUUUUAGAGCUUUCCUAGCAAUAACUAAAAAAACUAAUGGGGUAUGAAUGAGAAAAUUGCCUUUUUUAUUUGAUAAUUUAGGUUUAACAGGAUUCUUUUAUUACUUUAGCUAACACAGAAUUGCAGAUCAGGGGAGAUGAAAUCUGUUUGAACAAUAUCUGCAAGUGUUUGAAUUAGAUUUACUGUGGAAACAGCAUGUGGCAGCUUUCUAAAAACACAUGUAGCUACAUCCAAACAAACCUUCCAGUGAUUCAAACUUGGUACAUCAUGUAUGUCACCUUUCCAUUGCCAAAUAGAAUGGCCUCAUACUGCAGGGACUCUGUUGUUACUGACUGCCAGGUACCUUUGGAGUUAAGGUCCUUGUACUGCGAUUAAUUGAUAUCCUCAAAAGUACUUACUGUCCCAUUGACCCCCAACAAAUAAGGUCAACGGUCCUCAGUUCAUCCAGCUUUUGUAAAGCACCAUGUGAGCCCUUUCCAAAAUGUUACAACUUUUGUUUAACAUUCAAAAAUACACUUUUUGUAAGCCAAUUCCUUCAUAAAUAUUUAAUCAUUUAUAUGUUUCAGGAUAAUAACAUAUGGUUGACAUCUAUUGAUUCAGAAGUACCUAAAUAUUGAGCUCAAAUACUGGCCGUCAUGUUCAAGAGUUUAUUGAGCUCAUACUUACAGAAAAUCCCUAUAAAACUGAGCACAGAAUUGUACUAUUUCUGUAGGCUUGUAGAUCGGAAUAUAGUUGUUUGUUAAUUGGAUAGUACAGGAUGGCUUAAACUACAGAAAGAGGCAUUGUUUAGAUUGAGAGUACCUAAGAGUUGAAUUUUAAACCCUAAUGGUUUAAUCUUUAAUAAAUAUUGUAGGAUUUUUCCAUAAAGUCAGGAAGUCACUGUGACCUUGAAAGCAGGAUUCACCUUCUAGCAGUCUAAAGACCAUUGCAUAGCAUUAAAAGGUCAUCAGAUUUGCUGGUUUUCCCUAUUCAGAGCCAUCCAAAGGAAUUCAGUUUGUGUAGGAAGUGUUGACAACUAAUUCUCAUAAACAUUUGGCAAAAAGAAUUCUAUUUCCUAUAGUCAUAAUAGAGACUGGACGUACCAGCAAAAAGUGUGUUUCUUUCCCAUUGAGUUAAACUGCAAUGUCAUGUCUUUCCACUCCAAAGGAGAUUCCAAACUACCUGAUACAAUCGGAAUCUCAGAAUUGGGAAAGCGUCACUUAUUUUUCAGGCCGAGUACUUCCUUAUGCCUUUGGUAACAGUUCACUUAAUCCAAAUAACUUUGCAAUCAUUUUCCUGCAUGCAUACACCUCAACUGCACCUCCUGCCCAGACUUGGUUGCUGCCACAAUUCAUUAGCACAUCUAGUAGCCUAGGUCUUUGGUGUGUGUAUUUUGAGUCCAUUUAAGAAAGGGCUCACCUUGGGUUUGUUCCAACAAAACAUCUGCCUUAGGGGAAAAUAAAAUACUGUAAACUUCUGGUCUCAAUAUUUUGCAAAGCAGCCAGAUCAUCGCAAAAAACAAUUGUCCAAAAUUGAAAUUUGACUUCUAGGAGUUUACAAGUAAACAGUGAAUAUUUAAUAAUGACACUGGCCAUUGCCUUAAU